AAUUUUAUAUAUAUUUUUUUAAAGGAGUUUGAAGAAGAGGAACGUGAUUAUUUCUUCAGUAACACCUUACCAGCAAUGAUACGUCUAGCUCUGAAUUUACCCAAGCUUGUUACGCAGCCCCCACCACUCCUUGUUAGUCGAGCCGCACACUCCAUCACGCUCUCACAGAUGCAGAUUGCAUCUCUUCUAGCAAAUGCCUUCUUCUGUACAUUCCCACGAAGAAAUGCAAAGGGAAGUGAGACUGAAUAUGCAAAUUAUCCUGACAUUAAUUUUAACAGAUUAUUCUUCCAUAAAGAGAAGCGAGCAUUGGAGAAGAUGAAGUGUUUACUUAAUUAUUUCCGACGAGUGACAAGAAAAGAGGCAACUGGAAAUGUGACCUUCACCCGACAGUACAUCUGCUAUCAAGACUUACCAGCCUGGGAAUCCUCCUCUAACCACUUACCAAAGAUUCACAUUAACACCAAUGGCCUAAUAGAAGAUGCAAGUGGAUUACUUCAAGCUGACUUUGCAAACAAGUAAGAAUUUCAAUAGGCAGAAACUCCUUCCUUUUUUUAGAAUAUGAGAUAUGUGACUUAAAUAAAGAAUGGAAUACAUAUUCUGAUUUAGUGACUGUAGUUAACCCCUUCAUGAAUUUUUAUAGGAAAUUAAGAAAAAAUAGCUGAAGGGUUUAAAAUGACUUUAAGUAAUCAACCAUCCUGGGAGUCAGAAAAUAGAAAGACAGGUAUUGUUGACCCCAUUCUAUAUUUUACCCAAGGAUUUUAAUCUUACCUUUAGGCUGAGUUUCCCA